CAAUUCCCAGAAGACCAUACAGGAGCUACCUCACGCAUGCGUAGGUCCCUCCCCUUAAUGUCUGGCGUCUCGGGCGGCUCUUCCCGCGCAUGCGCUCCCUGAUCAGUCUUCCGACCCCUUGCUUCCCCUGGCGGGAGUUGGUGGAUGCGCCUCCUGCGACCUCGGUUAGCGAUGCUGCCCUUUUCUUUGCUUUGGGCGAGUCGGCCUCUGCAGAGAUGUGGUCAGCUGGCCAGGACGGCCAUUCGGUGCCAGCACAGUGAGGCGGCCCAGACCCAGACUGGAGACAGAACCAGAGGCUGGACAGGCCAGGAGAACCUGUCAGACAGUGACCCUGAGAUGUGGGAGCUGCUGCGGAGGGAGAAGGACAGGCAGUGUCGGGGCCUGGAGCUCAUUGCCUCAGAGAACUUCUGCAGCCGAGCUGCGCUGGAGGCCCUGGGGUCCUGUCUGAACAACAAGUACUCGGAGGGUUAUCCUGGCAAGAGAUACUAUGGGGGAGCAGAGGUAGUGGAUGAAAUCGAGCUGCUAUGUCAGCGCCGGGCCUUGGAGGCCUUUGACCUGGAUCCUGCACAAUGGGGAGUCAAUGUCCAGCCCUACUCGGGGUCCCCAGCCAAUCUGGCCGCCUACACAGCCCUUCUGCAGCCUCACGACCGAAUCAUGGGACUGGACCUGCCCGACGGGGGCCACCUCACCCAUGGCUACAUGACUGAUGUCAAGCGGAUCUCAGCCACAUCCAUCUUCUUCGAGUCUAUGCCCUAUAAGCUGGAUCCCAAAACCGGCCUCAUUGACUAUGACCAGCUGGCACUGACUGCUCGACUUUUCCGGCCGCGGCUCAUUAUCGCUGGUACCAGUGCCUACGCCCGCCUCAUUGACUACGCCCGAAUGAGAGAGGUAUGUGAUGAGGUCAAGGCACACCUGCUGGCAGACAUGGCCCACAUCAGUGGCCUGGUGGCUGCCAAGGUGAUCCCCUCUCCUUUCAAGCAUGCGGAUGUUGUCACCACCACCACUCACAAGACCCUUCGAGGGGCCAGGUCAGGACUCAUCUUCUACCGGAAGGGGGUGCGGACUGUAGACCCCAAGACUGGCCGGGAGAUCCCUUACACAUUUGAGGACCGAAUCAACUUUGCUGUGUUCCCAUCCCUUCAGGGGGGCCCCCACAACCAUGCCAUUGCUGCAGUGGCUGUGGCCCUAAAGCAGGCCUGCACCCCCAUGUUCCGGGAGUACUCCCUGCAGGUUCUGAAGAACGCUCGGGCCAUGGCUGAUGCCCUGCUUGAGCGCGGCUACUCGCUGGUGUCUGGUGGCACUGACAACCACCUGGUGCUGGUGGACCUGCGGCCCAAGGGCCUGGAUGGCGCUCGAGCGGAGCGGGUCCUGGAACUUGUGUCCAUCACGGCCAACAAGAACACGUGUCCUGGAGACCGAAGUGCCCUCACGCCUGGGGGCCUGCGGCUUGGGGCCCCAGCCUUGACCUCUCGACAGUUCCGUGAGGAUGACUUCCGGAGAGUUGUGGACUUUAUAGAUGAAGGCGUCAGCAUCGGCUUGGAGGUGAAGAGCAAGACGGCCAAACUCCAGGAUUUCAAAUCCUUCCUGCUCAAGGACCCAGAAACAAGUCAUCGGCUGGCGGACCUCAGGCAGCGAGUGGAGCAGUUUGCCAGGGCCUUCCCCAUGCCUGGUUUUGAUGAGCACUGAAAGAAAUGAGGCCCACAGACUGACAUGUGUUCCCCUUCCCCUGCCUGGACCAGUGGAGGGCAAUGCCUGUUUCCAGUUUUUUGCUGGGGGAGGGAAGGUCUCCCGCUUGGGGCGGGAGCCAGAUAGAAUUCCCCUUCCCGAAAUUUGUAGCUGAAAAGAUUUCUUUUUGUAACAAGACUUAGAAGGAGGAGGCCUGGGGCUUUCUGCCCUACCCUCUCCCGUUAUCUCAGUGUUCUAGACUCCCCAGUCUUCUUAGAAAGGGGGAUUACCCUUGUGAGCCAGAGGAAGGGCUGGGUAGGCACCCUCAUUUCUGUUUUUAGCUAAUAAAAUGCUACCCUGCUCUGAGCUUCUGUUACUGGGGGAAGGGUUCCCUUGGCCAGGUGGGGAUCUGUCUCCCUCAGCGUGUGCCUACCUUCCCUCCCACCGCCACCACACGGCCCCCGGGGGCUGCAGCCUCCUCUCUCUGUCUCUGAUCAGAGCCGACACCAGACGUGAUUAGCAGGCGCAGCAAAUUCAAUUUGUUAAAUGAAAUUGUAUUUUGCCCA